GGCGCACUACCCUCAUGAGUCAUGAACGAAAGAGAGGGGUGUGUGUGCGUUUGUCGAUCGACUCGCACACGAUCUUCUGAGCUCUGCUCGAACCAGGCUUGAAAGAAGAAAACAACAAUGUGCGCGCGCCAGCCUGUCCUCUCACUAUCAGAAUCGGAUUUAACAGUUCAUUCACAAGCCCAUUAUUGAUAGAGCACCGACCACCACAAAGCGAUGUCUCGAAAGGACACUGCCAUCCACCUGGUGGCUGGAGGAAUUGCGGGAUCAGCAGGUGCGAUUGUCACGUGCCCUCUUGAUGUGGUGAAGACGCGGCUACAGUCGUCUAAUGGCCACUUUGGGUCGGUGCCUGGGCACAUCGCCAGCCUCAAUAAUGGAACCUGCGAGCCCCUGCACGCCAGGCGAACCUUCACGACUGCUGGGGUGCUGCCAUGGUCGCAGCUGCGCCCCCAAACGAGCCUUGUGCAGUGCCUGAGGCACAUCGUCGUGCACGAAGGCCCUCAGGCUCUUUUCAAAGGGCUUGGACCCACGCUGGUAGGCGUGGCGCCCGCCAGGGCCAUCUACUUUGGCGUCUACUCGCAGUCCAAGCGGUUCCUCAAUGACGUAAUCACCCCUGACACGCCCCUGGUGCACAUCGGGGCUGCAUCUUGUGGAGGUUUUGUCACUUGCUCGGUCACAAAUCCUAUUUGGGUUGUGAAAACAAGGAUGCAACUAGAUCACAGGAAGAAAAGCAGCCGCUUAACCACCCUCCAAUGUACCAGGAGGAUAUACGCACAAGAAGGGUUUGGUGGCUUCUUCAAGGGCAUCACGGCGUCUUAUGCUGGCAUCUCAGAAACGGUGGUGCAUUUCGUGAUCUACGAGGCGAUCAAAGCGCAGCUAGUGGCUCGCAGGCACGGCGAUGACAAGACCGGUGAAAGAGGAACGCGCGACUUCCUCGAGCUCAUGUUGGCGGGUGCAUUUUCCAGGACGGUGGCCUCGUGCGUCGCCUACCCACACGAGGUUGCGCGCACGCGGUUGCGCGAGGAGGGCAGCAAGUACCACGGCUUUUUGCAGACGAUCGCGAUUGUGGCCCGUGAGGAGGGUGCACGUGGUCUCUACCGAGGCCUCGCCACUCAGCUCGUCCGGCAGAUCCCCAACACGGCUAUCAUCAUGUCUACAUACGAGGCAGUCGUCUAUUUGCUCAACAGGCACGCGACAUGAAUACAGACUGCUGACCACUGUGAUCUAAACAGCUUGACUGAAUUCCUCAAAUCCUAUAGUUAUUUGUUAGUUGUUAAUUAAAAGAGAUUAUA